AUGUUCAGCGGCUUCGGCGGAGGCUCUAACCGCAGCCGAGCGCCUGCUCCAGAGGCAGCAGCAGAGCCAGCGGCGGGUACGCUUCCACAGCCAAAAGGCAACAGCAGCGGCGGCAAUGGCUACUCGUUUGACCCGUCGGGUUUAGAACGCGCCGCCAAAGCCGCGCGGGAGCUCGAGAGCUCUCGGCACGCGAAAGAGGCAUUCAAUUUGGCCAAAGAGACGGAGCGGACGAAGCAGAUGGAGAGUCAGGCGAAGAUCAAGGAGAACGAAGCGCUGUACAAACAGUAUGAGAUCGUGCGCGUGCAGAAAGAGGGCGAAGAGCGCCGCAAAACGCUCGAGGAAGAGACGCGCCAGCACCAGCAGCGCGCGCAGUACCAGGACCAGCUCAAGCGCAAGCAGUACGCGGACCAAUUGGCCGCGCAGAAGUACAUGAAGGAGCAGGAGCUCAAGAAACAGGAGGAGAUUCUGGCUCGCCAAGAAGCUUCGCGUCGCAAGACGCUCGACUAUGAAGCUGAACUGCGGCAGAGGACUGAGAUGGCCAAAGUGGCGGCCGAGACCGAGGGACGUAUUAAACAGGAGCGCCUUAAUCAUGAUCUGCACCUGGAAGAGGCUCGUGUGCGUGCGAAGGAGUACCGCGAGACGGUCAUGGAAGGGAUCAAGCUCGCGGGCAACACGAUCGGAUCUGGCAUUAUGGCCUUUGUCGACGACAAGGAGAAGCUCACGGCCACAGUUGUCUCCUUGUCAGCUCUGGCUGUUGGAAUUUACACGGCCAAAGUCUCAACUGGUGUUGCAGGCAAGUACAUUGAGGCUCGUAUGGGAAAGCCGUCGCUCGUGCGUGAGACUUCGCGGCGAUCGGCUGCACAGGUGCUGGCCAAUCCCAUUCCGUCCAUCAAGCGCGUGCUGCGUCUGCAAAAGCCAACAGACGCAUUGGAGGGCGUCGUGCUGGAGCCUAAGCUGGACGAGCGUCUGCGCAGUGUUGCUGUGUCCACGUUCAACACGAAAAAGAACCGUGCGCCGUUCCGCCACUUGCUGUUGCACGGCCCGCCGGGUACGGGUAAGACGCUGUUCGCCAAAGCGCUGGCCCGCCACUCUGGUCUGGAGUAUGCUAUUCUCACAGGCGGUGAUGUUGCCCCGUUGGGCCGAGAAGGCGUGACGGAGAUCCACAAGCUGUUUGACUGGGCGUCGCACAGUCGUCGUGGUUUGCUGUUGUUUGUCGACGAAGCUGAUGCAUUUCUGCAGAAGCGCAGCAACACUGUCAUGAGUGAAGACAUGCGCAAUGCAUUGAAUGCUUUUCUGUACCGCACGGGUGAGGCCAGCGAUAAGUUCAUGGUUGUCUUUGCGAGCAACCAGCCAGAGCAGUUUGACUGGGCCAUCAACGAUCGCAUCGAUGAAAUGGUGGAAUUCCGCUUGCCGGGCUUUGAUGAACGCGUGCGCAUCCUGAAGCAGUACUUUGAAGACUACGUGCGUGCUCCCAAGAACUCGCGCGCCAAGAAGAUUUAUGUCGAGGGAAUCGAGGACUCGGACUUUGAGGACUUGGCUGCUCGUACAAAGGGGUUUUCUGGUCGCGAGCUGUCGAAGCUUGUGAUUGCCUUCCAGGCUGCUGCCUACAGCUCGCCAACGUCAGCGUUUGACAAGGAGAUGAUGAUGCAAGUUCUGGAGCACCACCUCACGGCGCACAUGCAAAAGGAGGCGUGGAAGGAGUAUGCUACCCCCAAUGCCAAGCGUGACGACAUCAAGCCGAUCUUGGCGGACUAA